AAACCCUAUAUUCAGAAUUCAGAAACAUAUCUAACGUCAGUUUUCACUUUUGAGCAGAGCAGCCUCCGAUUCCGGCACGGUGGGCGGCAUUGCAGAUUCUCGGUGGUUCAUCUCCGCGCCGACUGGACAGGCAUGUCAGAUAAAGAUGAAGAGUUGGCUAUGCCAAGGGAUGCAAAGAUUGUGAAGUCUUUGUUGAAAUCAAUGGGCGUGGGGGACUACGAACCUCCUGUUAUACACACGUUCCUUGAGUUAUGGUAUCGCUAUAUAGUUGAUGUGUUAACGGAUGCCCAAGUGUAUUCAGAGCACGCAGGCAAGUCCGAAAUCGACUGCGAUGAUGUUAAGCUUGCAAUUCAAUCCAAGCUUAACUUCAGUUUCUCGCAACCACCUCCUCGCGAGGUGCUUCUGGAGUUGGCUCAAAAUCGCAACAAGAUACCACUGCCAAAGACUAUAGCUGGACCUGGUAUCCCGCUUCCACCUGAUCAGGACACGUUAAUCAGUCCCAACUACAUGUUUGGAAUUCCAAGCCAAGGGUAUGGUGAACCUGAAGAAACAGAGGAUGAAGAAACUAGUAUUCCCAACCCCUCUCAGGAAGAGAAGACAGACAUGCAGCAGCAGGAUCCCCAUCAAAGAGUAUCAUUUCCCCUACCCAAAUGCCAAAAGGACUAUUUUUAAGUCCCGACAGCCUUUAAUGAUUAACAAUCUUACUAUAGCUUUACACGAACUUGUUUUACUACAGUGGUAGUAACAAAAACUAAAAAUUUUGUAGCUUGUUCAAUUUGUACUUUUGUAGAGUCCACUGCCGACAUCGAAACAAAUUGGUUUCAAAACGGCUCAUUGCAGUCAGAAGUUCUUGUGAA